GACGGCGGCUGCGGCCGAGGAGGCCUGAGGCGGGGAGGAGGAGGAGGAGGCAGGCCGGGGACCCGCCGACCAACCGACCCACGGUCCGACCGACUGACUGACUGGGACUGACCGACAGCCGGCGGCGGCGGCGGAGCCCCGAGCCUUGCCGCUCUCCUCAUCCGGCCCGGCCAUGGCGACGGCCCCUUCGCAGCAGAAGGAGAACACGCUGCUGCACCUCUUCGCCGGAGGGUGUGGGGGCACAGUUGGUGCUAUUUUUACUUGUCCUCUAGAGGUAAUUAAGACCAGACUUCAGUCUUCAAGAUUGGCUUUACGAACUGUCUAUUAUCCUCAAGUUCAACUGGGGACCAUUAGUGGAGCUGGAGUGGUGAGACCAACAUCAGUAUCACCUGGACUCUUACAGGUUCUCAAGUCAAUUUUGGAGAAAGAGGGACCAAGGUCACUUUUUAGAGGCUUGGGUCCAAACUUAGUUGGAGUUGCACCAUCAAGAGCUGUGUACUUUGCAUGUUACUCCAAGGCCAAGGAGCAGUUUAAUGGCAUUUUUGUGCCCAACAGCAAUAUUGUCCACGUUUUCUCCUCAGGCUCUGCAGCUUUUAUCACAAAUACCUUAAUGAAUCCUAUAUGGAUGGUUAAAACCCGGAUGCAGUUAGAACGGAAAGUCAGGGGUUCCAAACAAAUGAACACUGUCCAAUGUGCUCGUUACGUGUACCAGACAGAAGGCAUUCGUGGAUUCUAUAGAGGAUUAACAGCCUCAUACGCAGGCAUUUCUGAGACCAUAAUCUGUUUUGCUAUUUAUGAAAGCUUAAAAAAAUGGCUAAAAGAGGUUCCAUUAACCCCUUCUGCAAAUGGAACUGAGAGAAGCAGAAAUACCAACUUUUUUGGACUUAUGGCUGCUGCUGCUAUUUCCAAGGGGUGUGCCUCCUGUAUUGCUUAUCCACAUGAAGUGAUAAGAACACGGCUUCGAGAAGAGGGCACCAAGUAUAAGGCUUUCAUUCAAACAGCCCGCCUGAUAGCACGAGAAGAAGGUUAUCUGGCUUUCUACAGAGGACUCUUUGCCCAGCUCAUCCGGCAGAUCCCAAAUACUGCUAUUGUGUUGUCCACCUAUGAGUUAAUUGUGUACUUGCUGGAAGACCAUACGAAAUGACAGACCAGGAAAUGGACUUUUAAUAGAAUAAAAUGGAAAAACUGCCGGGCAGUUUCUCCACUGAUGUUUAGAGUAUUUAAGAGACUCAUGCAGGAAUGGCUGAAACAUCUCUGGCUUUAUCACCUGCUGGACUUUUCCUUUUGGAUUCAUGCUUUCUGGAAGGUUUUAAUUCAUUAACGUUAAUAGUUAAUUACAAUUUUUUUUAACUUAAGAAUUCAGAAUUAAGCAGCUACUAAAUUAAAUCAUGCUAUUUAAUUUAAGUAUAAAUUCUGUGUCCUUUUUAUUUAUGUUCAUUGUGUUGUCGUGUCUGUCAUUUAUUUUAAUAAAAUGUGCUCCAUAAAGAGAGCUGAUCUAUAA